ACCUCAUCGAUGUGGACAAAAAAACUAGUGGACGAAGUUCAUCAUUGAGAAGGCCGGCAUUCUGAUCCAUUCUUCACACUUUACGGUAACUCUGGCCUGUAAGUUUCCAGCAAACGUCUAGUCAAAACUACUGCCCAGAAGCUGCCAGCCACCUCCAAAGGUUUUAGUUCUCUCAUUGGUAAGCUUAAAUAAUUCCAACUUUAUCGAUCACCAUGAAAACGCACAGUAGUUUCUAUGUGGGAGAUCGCCAGAAAAAAAUGGCUGGUGAACCAGUAAACGUGAACGAGUUCCAAGAAUUGGCCAGGGAAGCACUUCCAAAAAUGUACUAUGAUUAUUAUGCUGGUGGAGCUGAGGACCAGUACACAUUAAAAGAUAAUGUGGAAGCAUUUAAAAGAAUCACGAUCCGGCCAAGAAUUCUUGUGGAUGUAAGCAGAAUAGAUAUGUCAACUACUGUAUUGGGGUACAAUAUCUCGGCACCGAUUAUGAUUGCUCCAACUGGCCUGCAUAAGUUGGCACAUCCUGAAGGAGAGGCUGCCACAGCCAGAGCAGCAGCUGCAUCUAAAACCAUAAUGAUUUUAUCCACCGGGUCUUCCUGCACCAUGGAGGAGGUUGCUUCCAGCUGCAACACUGUUCGGUUCUUUCAAUUAUAUGUAUACAAGAGACGAGAUCUAGCAGCUGCAUUGGUACACAGGGCCGAGAAAAACGGAUACAAGGCUCUUGUCCUAACUGUUGAUGUCCCCAGACUCGGUCGAAGGGAGGCAGACAUAAAAAACAAAAUGAUUGCACCUCGAUCGAAGAAUCUUGAGGGUCUGUUAUCGAUUGAAGUCGAUUCUAAUAGCGGUUCAAACCUAGAAGCUUUUUGUAAGGCGACAAUGGACGCUUCCUUGUGUUGGAAGGAUGUAGAAUGGUUAAGAUCAAUUACAAACAUGCCCAUUCUUAUCAAGGGAAUUCUUACUCGUGAAGAUGCAAUAAAGGCUGCAGAAAUAGGUGUGGCUGGGAUUAUUGUCUCCAAUCAUGGGGCUCGCCAGCUUGAUUAUUCUCCUGCUACUAUUACUGUUCUGGAAGAGGUGGUUCAUGCUGUGGGAGGGAAAAUUCCUGUUCUUUUUGAUGGAGGAGUGCGGCGGGGAACGGAUGUCUUCAAGGCAUUAGCCCUUGGUGCAGAAGCGGUCCUAAUUGGAAGACCUGUUGUCUUUGGGCUGGCAGCAAAGGGGGAACAUGGUGUGAAACGAGUCAUCCAAAUGCUGAAGGAUGAACUUGAGCUGGCCAUGGCGUUAUCUGGUUGUCCAAGUGUGAAGGAUAUUACUAGAAGCCAUGUGAGAACAGAGCGUGAAAGACUACUCUCAAUGCUUUGAUGUCAAAAUGAAGGAUAAAGAUGAUAUCCUGGAGUGGAGACAAGUGAUUCAGAUAAUCAAAUAAUGACCAUAAUCAUCCGUGCAUACUUGUAACUUAGAUCUGGAAUAUGCUGCCAUUUCUUCAUUGAUUAAGUUGGCAUGCAACUAGUGGGAUUGAAACAUGAAAAUAAUUUCCAUCUGCUAUAUCUUGGUUUAUAUUUUCAAGAAAUGUGGUUUGAGUGAAUUGAACGUUUCAUUUCUCUUACAGAAGGUACUGUUCAGUCUCCUACAUAUACAUUAUUUGUAAUCCGUAUGGACCAUACUUCCUAAUUGUAUUAUGAAUUAAAAUAAAUAAUAUAUUUCAUUGAGUUAACUUUAAUUAA